CUGCUAAUCCGCUGCCUGUACAGUAGGAGGCAACACGUUCGGGGAAAAACGGAUUUUUUUCCUCUUCAUCUCCUUGAGGUUUUCCACGGAAUAUUUUCCACUGACAUAAUAAAUAUACAAACAAGGCCGUUUAUACCGUCAUUUUCUCUCUCAUUUCAUUAAAACACUAUGAAUUAAAUACUCUACGACGUUGUUAAAGCCGCGGUGACGAGACGAGGCUAAGCGCUUUGUCCUCAGGAUGUGUGCCUCAGGAAAAUACAGCUCUCGCGGUCCGGCUCUCAUCCCUCGCAUGAAGACCAAACACCGUAUCUAUUACAUCACUUUGUUCUCUGUGGUCCUGCUGGGUUUAAUCGCCACCGGAAUGUUCCAGUUCUGGCCUCAUUCUAUCGAAUCUUCCCCCGAGUGGACCCUGGACCGCCGCAGCGUUCACGACGCUCCGCUGGUCAAACUGCCCGCGUCCAGUCCCAUUCCCGAGAGAGGAGACCUGAGCUGCCGCAUGCACACCUGCUUCGACGUCUACCGCUGUGGCUACAAUCCCAAAAACCGCAUCAAGGUGUACAUCUACCCCCUGCAGAGGUUUGUGGACGAGGUGGGCGUGCCCAUCAGCAGUAGCGGUCUGUCGCGUGAGUAUAACGAGCUGCUGAGCGCCGUCUCCGAUAGCGACUUCUACACCGAUGAUGUCACUCGCGCGUGUCUCUUCAUCCCGUCCAUUGACGUCCUGAACCAGAACUCACUGCGCAUCCGGGAAACCGCUCAGGCUCUCGCCAUGCUGCCCAGAUGGGAUAAGGGGAUGAAUCACUUGCUGUUCAACAUGUUACCUGGAGGACCUCCGGACUACAACACGGCGCUGGACGUUCCCAGAGACAGAGCUUUGCUAGCUGGAGGUGGUUUCUCGACGUGGACCUACAGACAAGGCUACGACGUCAGCAUCCCCGUGUACAGCCCCCUGUCGGCUGAAGUCGACCUCCCUGAGAGGCAGCCCGGCCCGAGGAGAUACUUCAUCCUGUCGUCUCAGACAGCCGUCCAUCGGGAAUACCGCACAGAGCUAGAGAGGCUGAAGGAGGAAAACGGAGAGUCCAUCCUCCUCCUGGACAAGUGCAGUAACCUCUCUCAGGGCGUGGCUUCGGCCCGGAAACGUUGCUCAAAGGGCCAGACGUUCGACUACCCGCAGAUCCUACAGGAGUCGUCGUUCUGCGUGGUGUUACGCGGCGCUCGUCUCGGUCAGGCCACUCUCAGCGACGUCCUGCAGGCUGGGUGUGUUCCCGUCAUCAUGGCCGACUCGUACAUCCUGCCCUUCUCUGAGGUGCUGGACUGGAAAAGAGCAUCGGUCGUCAUUCCGGAGGAGAAGCUUCCGGAGAUGUAUAUGAUUUUGAAAAGUAUUCCUCACAGACAGGUGGAGGAGAUGCAAAGACAGGCUCGCUGGUUCUGGGAUGCGUAUUUCAGCUCCAUGAAGGCUAUCGGAUUGACCACGCUGCAGAUCAUCAAUGACCGCAUUUACCCCUACGCAGCACGCACAUACGAGCAGUGGAACAACCCUCCGGUCGUGAAGUGGUCCAGUGUGAACAGUCCGCUCUUCCUCCCGCUGAUUCCUCCUCGCUCCCCGGGAUUCACAGCCGUGGUUCUGACCUACGACCGGGUCGAGAGUCUCUUUAGGGUCAUCACGGAGAUCUCCAAAGUGCCCAGUCUGGCCAAGCUGCUGGUGGUCUGGAACAACCAGAACAAGAGUCCACCUGAAGAAUCCCUUUGGCCAAAAAUCGCCGCUCCUCUCAAAGUGGUGCGCACCAAAGAAAACAAACUCAGCAAUCGCUUCUUUCCUUUCGAUGAGAUCGAGACGGAGGCGGUGCUGGCCAUCGAUGAUGACAUCAUCAUGCUGACCUCUGACGAGCUGCAGUUUGGAUACGAGGUGUGGCGGGAAUUCCCAGACAGGCUGGUGGGAUAUCCCGGUCGACUCCAUCUGUGGGAUCACGAGAUGGGGAAGUGGAAGUACGAGUCAGAGUGGACCAACGAGGUGUCAAUGGUGCUGACCGGAGCUGCGUUUUAUCACAAGUACUUCAAUUAUCUGUACACCUACAAGAUGCCAGGGGACAUUAAGAACUGGGUGGACGCUCACAUGAACUGCGAGGACAUCGCCAUGAACUUCCUGGUGGCCAACAUCACAGGGAAAGCUCCUAUAAAGGUGACGCCUCGUAAGAAGUUCAAGUGCCCCGAGUGCACGGCGAUCGACGGCCUGUCGCUGGACCAGACGCACAUGGUGGAGAGGUCUGAGUGCAUCAACAAAUUUGCAUCCGUAUUCGGCACCAUGCCUCUGAAGGUUGUGGAACAUCGCGCCGAUCCCGUUUUAUACAAGGAUGACUUCCCGGAGAAGCUCAAGAGUUUUCCCAACAUCGGAAGCUUAUGACCGAGUCCCGCUUCCAUCCUUUACACCUCCGUCCGGUGAAAACCACGUCACGGAUCACAGACUUCACAAACUUUUUAUCAAAGACAUGACGUGACCUGACAGAGGGAAAAGCAUCCUGUUGCUGUAUCUACACGUGUUCUUUUAUCGAGAUGGAUCUCCAGGAACCCGGAAGGAACAUCCAACACCUGGAACGUCACGGAACAGAUCACGUCUGUCGAUAACACUGAAACUUUGAGGUUCACUGAACAGAAAUGUCUGACUCUGAGAAGCCAAAAUCAUGGCUUUUUAUACGUUUUUAUGGAAAACCAGGAUUGGACUGGAGAGUCUCAGAGCUGUAUGAGUAUAUUAAAACUCUCAGUGGUCGGAAUUUCUCACUCACAAUUACUCACAUUUUACACGCUGUAUUUAAUGUUCAAUACUUCACACUAUUCAAUAUGAACUGAAGAAGGUUUUAAGGGUUAAACAUUUAAAAAGUAGUUAAAUAAUUACCCUUUUUUUUUUUUUCUUUUUUUUUCUUUUUUUUUUUUGAAGUAAAGAUUCCUCGGUACUAAAUUACACACCAGAGCUGCUACGUAAAUAACUGGGAAAAAACUCUUAUUCUUUUCCACAAACAGGAACUUAAAUCCUGUCACAUUUCGGUUCUUCACUCUUAGAAACCAUCGUUAUCUCAAGGGUUCUUAUGAAGUUUAUUCAGAUAAGUUCAUAUCAGGGUUCUUGGCUUUUUAGGGAAAGAUCUAAAAACGUUUUAGAAGAUCAGAGCUAUUUCAUUAUCAUAUGAACCUUUGAAGAACCCUUGUAGAACCCUGCAUGUGACAAGAUAGCUCAACCUGACAGGUUCUAGAUAGCUAGAAGAAAUAAUGAGCAUCAUUUGGAGCUUCUACUGCACACCUAUAGAGAUAGUCCACACAUUCUCAGAAAUUAAAGGUUCUUUAAGGCUUCAUUAGCUUAUAAUGCUAAAUUUAAAGCCAUUAAUGGUUCUCUGGAACAAUUAACAUUUUCCCAAUGAAGGCUUGAAGAACCCUUUGUUCUAAGAGUGUGUGUAUUAACUGGGUUCUGUCAACCUGCACAUAGUUUUCUUCUUGAUAGAAAAUUCAGACUUUUAAAAAGGUUUUAAAGUGGAAUAUUGAAAGAAUAAGGGUUCUUAGUUUUAAAAAAAAGCUUGCUUCUACUUUAGAACCAGAUGUUAUUUUAUCAAAAUGAAUUUUUGAAAGCUAAGAACCCAGAAAUGAUCCAUUAAAAGCGCUGGAGGAACUCUGUAGUACCUGGGUCCAAAGUGUAAGGUCCAAACUCCAACCUUAAUACCAUGUAGAAGUAAACAGUCAGUUCUCGAAGAGCUCUUUAAGUGUUAUUAACUGUAAUAAUCGUUUUAUAAACGGUUCCUGUAAUGCUGAAGCUUCAGAUCUCCUGAGGAUCGUUAUUUUCUUUUUAAUAUCUAGAACCUGGCAGGAGUUUAAUGUUUUGCUUGUGUUUGGUUCUUGAAGCUUUUAGCCUUGUUUUACCGGGGGAAGAGUGGUGGUGUGUUCUACAUAGAACCUUAAAGAAUUCCCUCAUGGGGAAAAACUGGAGAACCCAAACUCUUAACUUUUCAGAACUAGAAUUAAAACAUUUUUUUUCCAAAACACUUUUAAGAACUAAAAUUUUUUUUCCUGCAGCAGAAAUUUGAGCACUUUACAGUCGAAUUUUUAAACAAAACAGAAAUGAAAAAAUGUUUAAAAAUCUGAUUUUAAUUGUGUCUGGUUUCAUCAGCCGUACUGUUAGUGUUGUGCAAAAAAUGACCAAAAUAAUUUUACUUUAAUUUAUCUAGUAAUUAAUCCUGUUUUUAAGAGGAACUGAACUAUACAGUAAACAAAGAGCUAUCAACAUUUAGGAUUAAUCGCAGCGCUUACUUUAUAUACGACUCGAUCCUCUAAUAACACAAGAUCUGAAAAAAUACGCUUUUUUAAAUAAAGCAGAUGAAUAACAUUUCUGCUUCGUUCGGUGUUUAGAACGAUGCUGAAUUUAAAGAAAUUCAUAAAAGAGGAAAAGAUGCUGA